AACAAUUUAUAUGAUAAAACAAGUGGCGAGUAUUUCUUCUUGAAUGAGUCAUUUUUGUUUGGAAUUUUUUUUCUUCACAAUAAAAGUGAAUUCAAUAAAAAAAAAUUGUGCCUUUUAUGCCUUUAAAUGAAAUCAAAAUAAAGUUCCUUAAGAAUUUAAUUAAUAAAUGAAUAUUAAAUAAAUUUAUACUGAGAACAAAGUAAUAAAAACAAAAAACAAAAUGAACAAAGAAGAUUCAUGUGUAGAGACUCCAGCAGCACCUGAAUGGCUUUCAAAGCUGGAAAGUCGCCGUGAGAAACUUGUGCGUGGGAAGCUUGGCCAUGAAGCUGGAGCUGGUGCUCCAUGUAAUGAUUGUGGCGACAAAUGCCCAGGACUCGAUCUACAUUUUUGGCGAAAAGUUUGCCGCAACUGCAAAUGCCGCAAAGACCAGCAUAUGUGCCCAGAUGAUGAUCUCUCAGGCUGGGCCCAGUUUGAGAUUCUUGGACAAAUCAGAUCGAAACCAGCAUUUAUGAAGAUCAAAGCUCUAGCCAAUCAACCAGUUCAAUUGGAUUGGGUUCCACCCAAUACAACACCAGAUGUUGUCUCCGAUUACAUGGACAAAUUGGGUACCUCACAAAUUCCUGUGGCUGGAAGUGAUGCAGCAGCCAAACGUAAACAACAACUUGAAUUUCAAGUUCCACCUCAUGAUUUGGAUGCAGCUCUAUGUGACAAUUUAACUGAAUCCGAAACAAAUCAACUCCAACAAUAUGUUCAAAAGAUCCGUGAGAAUUGUGUUGGCCAAGGAAAUGUUGUUAGAGUGGGAAAUGUUCAGCAUGCCAAAUUGGGUCAUGUUGGCGGCGUGGUUCAGGAGGAUGUACCACUUAGUGAACAACAGAUGCAGGCAAUUGAAAUGCUACACGAACUUCCAUCAACAAUCACUGCCGAUCCAGUUCUAGUGGAUAUUUUAAAAUCUGACAAACUCACUUCUGCUCUUGUCAGCGAGGUAGCAAGUGCAUAUCCCAAGACGUUUAUGGCAUUUUCAGAACCUCUUAGUCAAGAUGAUAUGGAAAAUGCUCCAGUGGGAAUACGUCAAAAAGUGCGAGAGCUCAAUAAAGCUGCUAUUAGUAGUUUGGUAGAAAAUGGACCAAUCUACGAUAAGAUUCUCAAUAAUUUGAAACAAAAGAACUUGGAUGUUGCCAGAGAUCCAGUUCUGGGACCAAUUGCAGACUUUAGAAAAGAAUAUGUCGCAAGUCCACAAUUCAAACAUCAAGUAAACUCCUUUGUGGAAUCAUUCAAUCCUCCACAACCACAAUAUUGUACUCCCAUUAAAACACGCCACCAUGACCCAGCUGAUGCCUUCAAUUCACCACUGCCUCUUAAGAAUCCCAUACAAACGAAAAUUGGUGAUCUCAUGAAACAAGAUACCCCAAUGAGAAAAGUCAAAUUCGGCGGAGUUAGUGUUAUCUAUGACUUGGGUCUACCAAUCGAUGCUGAAUACGAAAAAGAUCAAGUUUUUGCCAAGGUCGUAAAUUCUGAACAAUUGAAAAAUGCAUUCCAGAUGAAUCCCAGUCACUGGCGAGGUAAGCAAGUUGCAAUUUCUCUAUCUCCCUUGCCUCCAGAUUUUGAUGAUGAACCAGAAUUAAGUGAUGAUACAAAAGAAAAGCUCAAGGAACUUGGAUUGAAUGUGAAUGCUUUACAAAGUGGCAUUGUAAAUGGUCCUUAUUAUGGUAAACUAUUUGAAGCUCUCAAAGACAAAGGAGUAGAAUAUGCCAAUUGUAAGAUUUUGGCACCAAUUGAAGGUCUCCGUGAAGAAUUGUUGAUUAAUAAACCAUUCCGAGAGGAAGUCACAAAAUUCGUUGAACAUAUUCCCAAUACAGCUCAUAUUGCUAUCUCAGAGAAUGUUGUUCCACGUCUUGGUAUGCCCGGAUCACGAAGCUGUGAUUCUGGAUUCGGAUCAAAACCAUCAACUCCCAAUUAUGCAACACAUCCGGAUCUUAAUGGCGGUGAGCAUGAUCAAUCUUUGUUUGGAAUGAAUGCUAGUUCGGGAAGAUUCGCCUCAAUUCCAGGCAUCGAAGAGAUGAAUAUGUAUCCCGAUGUUCAACCAAGUACUGGAUUUCCCUCACUCAACAAGUCAUUUGAAAAUCUCCACCUUGGACCACCACCAAACUCCUCAUCUACACCUCUUCCAGUGCCGAUUCUUUCUUGUCGCGAUUGUCAAAAUCCCAUCAUGAGUGGAGAAGUUGCCGUCAAAGCCGAACGAGCUGGCAAAGAAAUCGCCUGGCAUCCAGAAUGCUUCAAAUGCCACGAAUGCCGUGAGCUAUUGGCCGAUUUGGUUUACUUCUUCCAUGGCGGCAAAGUCUAUUGUGGACGAGAUUUGGCCAUCAUUCUCAAAAUUCCACGUUGCAAAGCUUGCGACGAACUUAUCUUUACAAAAGAAUAUACCGCCGCAGAAGGAGCAACAUUCCAUAUAAAACAUUUCUGUUGCUAUCAAUGUGACACCCCUCUGGCUGGCCAACAAUACAUUCCGGAUGAGAAGACCAAUAUGCCAUUGUGCCUCAAGUGCUAUGACACAUUCUUUGCCGAAGCAUGUCAGUACUGCAAACAACCGAUAGGCCCUUCGGAUCAGGGAGUAGCCUGGGGCACUGUACACUGGCAUGGAGCGUGUUUUAUUUGUGCUGGCGUUGGUUGUGCCAAGUCGUUAAUUGGCGGAAGAUUUUGUGUCAAGAACAAUAUGCCUUUUUGCAGUCCUGCAUGCGUUAAAAGUGUUGUGAAUUAAUGGACUUUUUUUUUAUUCAUCUUCUAACCUCUGUGUGCUUUGUGCUUUUUUUUAGGGAAUAAGAAUUAGAUUUUAAGCAGAAUUGAAUUUUCAGUAUUUUUAUAAAGUAUUCAGAUAUAACAUAUUCACUGUGUCAAAUUUUAGGACAAUUAUUGUUGUCCAUAUUGCAGCUUUUAAGUAACGCAUUGUGCCUAUAAAGUUCAUAAAAACAAAAGAAAUUUAUGAACGCCAUUUCAUAGAAAAACUCGAAACUUAUUUGAAUAAAGAUGUAUUUUCAAUAUGACUGGUCUUUUGUAAAACUAAAGUUUUUUAGAUCAAAAGAAUGUCCUGUCCAUACUCCGAGCACCAUCAAAGGUUUAGGACAAAGCUUCAUGACAACAGCAUAUCCAUUUAAACAAAUAGCCUUUUUAUUUCAAGCACCCACCGACUUUGUUUGCUGAAAUUUAAUCGUCAUUUUGUGGAUUUCUUAAACCCCAAAAAAUAUGCAACAAAUAUAAACAAUAAUUCUCAAAAAAAAAGUAAAUACAAAUAAAUGAUACUCUUUGGCAGAUAAUAAAAGAACAUAGAAAUUCCCAAGAGAGAGAGAAUGAUGCUGAGGCUGAGGAAGAAAAAUGACACAAAACAAAUAAUGCAGACGUUCUUCCAAACUGAUGAUGAAACGACACGAUACGACCGACUACGACGCACGUCAACCACUCAACCAACCUUUUACCAACCCUAUGUCGUCGUCGUGUCUAUUGUUCUUCGUUUCGUUUGUCAUUUGAGCUGCAUAAGCUUAAGUCCAAAGAAAUUGAAUUCCUGCAUAAAUGUUCCCAUGAACUGAAUGCUUUUUCCAUUCGCCAUCAAUGAUGAUGCUGCUGCAAUUCCAAAUACACCCUCUCUUUUAUUAUAGUGUUUGAAUCCUGACUGAGCCACAGCUUCGUAUUUUGUGUAGUUGUGAACAAAAAUAACAACAACAACAACAGAAAAAAUCCUUUAACAAAAGAGGAAAAAAUCCCAAUGCAUAGCGCGCACCACCACACACUAGCUAGCUAGCUGGCUGAGCUGUACCUAAAGCCAAGCUAUUGUUUUCUUAAAACAUUGUGCCGCUCUGCUGUGGGUUGCUGUUUGGAUCCGGAUCACCCCUUCACAGCAUUCGUAUUGUUAUAAAAACGUAUAUCUAAGGUGGGUGGUGUGUAGAGUAGAACUUGUUCAGGGUGUAUGGGUGUAUCGAGUGACGGCGGAGGCACUGGGGGUGGAAAAUAGAAAUACGAUGAUGGUUAUAAAUACAACAGAAAAAGGAAGAGUAUAGAACCAGAGAGUGGCACACACAAUGGAUGGAUAUAAGUCGUCAGGAGUAAAAUAAGGAAGUAGGUAAAAUGAAAACGAGUCUUUUUUAUGAGCUGUGAUUAUUUUAAAAAAAGACAAAAAAAAAAUUUUGAUUUAUUGGAACUUGAAAUACGAACUAGAACAACAACAACAAAAAUAGUGAUGUCAUUUUAUAAACGAGAUUUUGUGGUAUAUUUAAUUAUUGAUUUUUAUAGACCAAGAGAUGAGAUGCUUCUGUAGGUACAUUGAGUUCUUAAAAAAAUUGAUAUUUGAGUAAACUUAUAUAAACGUUAUAAUAGAUGCCAUAACGUUUUUAACGGGUCUUAAAAAGCGUCUUAAGUUAAGUAAUAUACGAUUUAAGACCAAAGUCUUAUGAACUAAUUUUAAAGUCUCACACCGUUUUGUGAUCUUGUACGUCUUUGUGAAUGAUUUUAUUAUCGUUUUCACGUAGUUUUAAGUAGUUGGCAUUUUAUUUAUUUUUACUGUAUAUUUCGGCCGUUUGAUGUAUUUUUCACUAGGAGAAGGAGGAGUUAAAUUUCUUUUAAAUUUGGCGAACAAUCCGAUGUAGAUGACACUCGUCUAUGGUAUUUGUCAAUUUCAACUCGUUAGUAAUUCAUUUCGCUAUAGACUUGACUCGAACCCAGAUCUCUGACAUGAAAGCUCAUAGCUUUUAUCAUUACGUUAUCGCUAAGUUUUACAAGCUUUACUAAAAAAAAAAAAAACAAAUGAUGAAACUCCGUGAUUUAAUAAAAAUUUUGUGUAUGAUUCUCAAUCAAGACGAUGAAAA